CCCCUUCCAUCGUCAAAUAUAUAGCCCGUCACAGGUGACGUCCGCCGCAGUUGCUGCUUGCUACUUGGUGAAGACUGGAUGUUGGUGUUAUUUUCUGUUUGUUGACGAGUUACUGUUUAUUGUGGUAUUUAUUUAGGCUAAUUCAGAAUCACUAAACGAGUGAGUAGACUGGAUAUCAUGGCUCCGCCAGCUAGACAAGCAUACCCACCAAACAUGACCGAAUCAGUGUCAUUUAAGGCAUAUUUGAAAAGAGAUGGCCAAGACGUGGAAGUACGGCGAUUUGGCAUUGAUGGAGGUGCAAUUACGAGUUACGUCUACCUCACAGGCAAAAUACAAGCAAUGUUUCCAUCAAUCCAGAAUGAUAAUUUUGUAAUUUUUUGGCAAGAUGCUGACAAUGACUAUAUCACUCUGAGCUCUGAUGAGGAACUGAUAGUAGCUUUGACAACAGCCGCCUCACAGCCUAUCAAGUUGUACAUCCAUCUCAAGUCAAACAAUGCACAAGGAAGCAAUAGCCAGGGGGUCCAACAUCCUGGUGUGUUUUGUGAUGGCUGUGAAGGUGGGGUAUUUGGCUACAGAUACAAGUGUGUCACUUGUCCAGACUUUGACCUGUGUGCUAAAUGCGAGGGCAGUGGCAAACACUCUGAGCACUUCAUGUUACGCAUGGCCAGUCCUAUUAACCUCUCAAGUCACCCGAAAGUGUUUCGCAAGCUGUUUGGACGGCCACACAAAUUCCACAGGCGCCAUGGCUGGGAGCGCAGUUUUAUGCAAGGCGAGUCACAGGGACCCAAUCGUUGCCCCUUCACCCAGCAUGAAAACGCUGCGGCAGAGGUGCCGGACAUGUUCGACUUCAGUGAACUGAUGAAAUUCAUCAAUAGUCUGGGUGUGGCUACCACAGCAGGAGGUGCUGAAGCUACUGCGAGCUCCCAAGCUCAGUCUACUGCGAGCUCCAAUGCUCAGCCUACUGCAAGCUCCCAGGCUCAGCCUAAUCGCCCACAACCCCAAGAGUCUCGCCAAACCACGUCCAACCCUAACGCUUAUCUGAAUGGCAUCGGCCAAGCUAUUGCUGCAUUCCUUGAUCCAUUUGAUAUGCCUGCCAAGAAGAAAAAUAAAAUCACCAUGAUUAUCAAAAAGCAUGUGCUUGAGCCACAUUGCCCAAGAUAUGGACAUGGUCCAAAAUCUGAACACGGUCCCUUUCAUUCAAAACAUGGUCAUGGCCCAAAACCUAGUCACGGUCCAUUCGAUUCAAAGCAUGGUCAUGGCCCAAAACCUGGACACGGUCCACUUGAUUCAAAACAUGGUCAUGGUCCAAAACCUGGUCACGGUCCAUUCAAUUCAAAACAUGGUCAUGGUCCAAAACCUGGUCACGGUCCCCUCGAUUCAAAUCUUGGACACGGCCCAAAACCUGGGCAUGGUCCAUUCCAUUCAAAACAAGGUCAUGGACUACAUGCUCUUAGACAUUUUAAGGUGACUCAUGGUCUGAAACACCGCCUUUGUGGACCUAGACUGAUAGGUGUAUACAGACCAAAAUACAGUCAUCAUAUUGGUCUAGUACAUGUACAUGGACCAAGACUUGACAGUGGCAUUUGUCGUGUUAGACUCGCACCAAGAAUGGAGUUAGGAGGAUGUAGCUCUCUGAGAGUUGGUCUUCCACACGAUGAUGCAGUUGAAACAGUGACUAUCGUUGAUGAUGAGCCUAAUAUUGAGAAUUGCAAUGGGGUGGAUGUGACUUUCGAUGUGCGAUGCAAGACUCCUGGAACACAGGAACCGUCUGGAGCCUCCACCCAAGGCUCUCAGUCCCCGAGUACUCCUGCAACUCAACAGCAACCAGCAGGCUCUUCUCCUUCUGCCAGCUCCAACUCUGAAGCUGCCCCUGCCACUCCUGCCGCAGUCAAUCCCAUUCUUGUCACAGUCAAUCCCACUCUUGUCGCAGUCAAUCCCGAUCCUGUCGCAGUCAAUCCCACUGUCCCGGUGAGCUCCCCUGCCCACUCUGAGACAGUCCGAGAGGGUUCUCCCACUCCCUCUGGUGCUCGCAGGAACUCUGAUGAUUGGACUUUGCUCAACCGAGAAUCUCCAGUUCGUCUUGAGAUGGCUAUGGAUGUGGAAGAAAGCCGAGGGCCCAAACCUCCAGUAGUCUAUCCCGUGCUACCCAGAGAGGCUCCCUCUGCUCCCCCACAAGCAAGUGGAGGUUUCACUGAUGUCGAGCGUAACCGCAUACAGGACGCUAUGGACCAAAUCAACUCUAUGGGCUUUCAAUUUGACUCCACACUUCUGAGGAAUCUUUUGCGCCAGGAGAAUUGUAACAUCGCCUCCGUCCUGGAGCUGAUCCUCAGCAAUCCCGGAAGAAAAUAAACUGCACUUACUUGAUCUAGCAAGCUUUUCUUCUGGUUAUUGUUUCUCCUUAUUUUUACUCCUAUUUUAUAUGUGGUGAUAUAUCAAGUACUGUGAAAAAUAGUAGAAAUAGUUUUAGAAUAUAUAUACUUUUUUGUGGAUUCCUACUUACUUUUGACCUUCUUGAUGUGCUGUGAAUAUCAAUUUGAGUUUUGAUUUCCUUACAUAGUUAUUUUAUUUCUUAUCAUUAGCUGCCUUAUUGGCUAUAGAUUUUCAUCAUUGAGAUAGUGUUAAUUUUAUGAUAUUUACAAAUAUAAUAAUGUUGUAAACCAA